UAAAUAUCUUAAUUUAAUAAUGUCAUUUUUUAAACAAACGUUUUUUAUAUAAAAUAAACGUGAGAUGCGCUAAGACGAACACCGGGGCAAGAAGAACACUCUAUGGAAUUAUCAGAGUUCGUUUUGCCUCGAGCAAAAUAAACUAUGUUCUUACCCCCAUCUCACCUUAUGUGUACGGUCCUCGCGUUUCAGAACUACAUCUAUACUUUAACAUAAGAGGUAAAUAGUGUAAAUACCAUAAACCAUCUAAAAUAGCUUCCCAUUAAAUGGGGAAAAUGCCUUGCAAUAGGUUUUCAAGUCCCGUCACGAAAAAAAGUACUAAAUCAGGGAGAGCUGUACAUUUAUUGCAUUUUUAUGUUGUUAAGUACAGGUAAUUCGUUAAAUAGCGGUUUUACGAUUCUCGUUUGUUUCAUCAUUUCCACUUUUCACAAAACUUUCUUGGCGCGCAUUUUAGACAGUGUAGUAUUACAAAGAGUUUUGUGUAGAAAAAUCGAAGUGAGGUAGAGUUGUAUGACUAAUUAAUUUAAAAAUCCGUUAUGUAGUUUAAUUAAAAGCAAUAUUUUGUAGUUUUACAUACAUACGUAAUAGUGACGAAUAUAAUAAUUACGCCUAACCCAGACAUGUUUAUCGUGUGUGAAAGGUUACUUCGACUUAUCAUACUAACUAGUAAAUAGUUCUAAUGCUAUUAUCAUCUACGAUUAUAUUAUUUGGUUCAAUUAGGACAUCGGGUACGCGCGCACUCAAAAUAAUAAUAUUAUUUGAAUUGGAAAUUCUAAUAAACUACAAAAAGUCAACCUGGAAAACAUAUUUGAGUAUGUACCUGGAAAAAAUGGCAGAAGAAAAUUACAUACGACAUCGCUCACGAGAAUCGAAACCAAAUGGAAUUAUCGAACAUCAGUACGAAAACAUACAGGAUCCGGAGUUCAAGCACAGAGAAUCUCCCCUAACAUUUCUUAUAAAGACUUCUCCUCAUAUAAGAGCUAUAUAUCACAUUUUUGUUGUGAUACUUUUGGUGCUGUUAUUUGACACAGCCAUCUACGACCUCGUGGAACGUGGCAAGAUAAAUAUAGGGACAAGUACAGUGAAAUACGGUUUUGGUGACAUCGGCCGCGGUGCUAAACUCUGGCUCUUCGAGUUUUCUAUCGCUCUGUCCUUCUACCCGGGACUACUGCUCUAUACUGCCGGAGCAAGAUUAUUCAAAAAUCAUACUGGUCUUCGGUGGUUAUGGAAGACGACAGCCAUCGCGGGGCUGACGUCGCUCCAGGGAAGUCUCGUCGCCGUGCCCGUGUGGGACCUGGCCCGGAAACAUCUGGCCCUCGCCUCCGGGGUCACCGUUACCUGCGAAAUGUUCCGUUUCGCAAUGAAAAUCCAUGCGGUAGCGAUAGCCUGCGCGCCUCGCUGGCGCGACGGUAGCGCGCCCCUUCCGACGUUCAGGCAUUAUCUCUAUUAUCUGUUUGCGCCGACGCUUAUUUACCGGGAUCAAUACCUGAGAACGAAGAGGAUCCGGUGGGGCUCAGUGAUAUUCAACUUCUUGGAAGUGGCAGCAAUCAUAUUCUACAAUAGCUUCCUGUGGGAGCGGUUCAUUCUGCCCUAUUGGUCUGAGUACGGAAAACAAAGUAAGGUGGAGGCAGGCACGGUAGUCCGUGGCAUGUUCGCGUGUGUGCUGCCCGGGGUGAUAUCAUUCUUGUGUGGAUUCUAUUGCCUUCUGCAUGCCUGGCUGAACGCCUUUGCAGAGAUGCUAAAAUUCGCAGACAGGCUGUUCUAUGAAGAGUGGUGGACAACAUCUCAAUUCUCCAAGUUCUACCGCGCUUGGAACCGCGUAGUGCACUCAUGGCUGCGCGAUCACAUCUAUAAGCCGCUGAUCCCGUUUACUGGUCGCGCUGGGGCUGUCUUCGCCGUGUUCUUCGUAUCGGCUACUGCGCAUGAAGUGAUCCUAGCGCUGUCGUUCGGGUUCUUUUACCCUGUACUGAUGAUGCAGUUCGGGGUUUUCGGCCUCCUGCUGGUCCCCGUCACGGCCGCCAGCGGCCGCCGGUAUCCUAGCGCCUUGAACCUGUUUAUGUGGCUGGCUUUUUUCUUCGGGAAUGGUAUUCUCUGGAGCCUGUACCCGAUGGAAUACUUCGCUCGCAAAAAUUGCCCGCCCUCAGAAAAUGACAGCUUCUUCAUUCCCAAAUCGUGGACGUGCCCUGAAAUUGUUCUCAAAGCCAAUUGGACAUUUCAAAAUCCUUUCUAAACCAUUUACAAUCCGUCUAAGUUAUUUCUGCACUACCUGACUGACUUAGGCUGAAAAAAAGGGUGGGAGUACCACUAUAGACGUCAUACAUUGACAUAUAUCUAAUGACGGGCCUUACGGGCAAUAAGAAUGGGGCCAGUAGAGUGGUGUCGCGUACUCGAAUUCAAGCAAAUCGUGCAGUAUAACGCCACAACACCAUUAGUUGAUAAGUUCGCAUAACGCGCGCGAUUGAUUGCAACUACCUAGUUGCGUUAGACUGCAUGAUUGGCUCGAAUUUAGAGUAGACACCGCUGUGUGUGAUAUAUGUCAAUGACGUCAUAUUUUCAUAAAAGUUUUUGGACGCGUGUGCCACUAUUUGUCAUUGAAAAGAUUGUGCAACGUUAGCUUGGCUGGUCUGAUUUUAUAGAACUUAGAAAGUAGUUUAAAUUUGACCAGUAACUGAAUACUUAAGUACCGACAUUCUAAUAGUAGGUAUCUAAAUUGUUGAUUAUUUUGUAAGAUUUCACAGAUGUGAAUAACAUAUCAGUCAUAGAUUAAGAUAAGAUUCAUAAUGUUCGAAUAGGCUUCCUAAGGUUUAUAGAUAAAUUGUAAAUUGUUACUCAAGUUAUGUUGUUAAGAAAUUAAUGUAAGAUAAUAAUUUAAAUAAAUUAUGUAUGUAUGUUAUGUGUUAUGUA